AAGAGGCAUUUUGUCUGUUAUGUAAUGUGCCGUUAGAAGUAUCCACAAGAAAACAAAAAGGCGCAUUCAUAAGAUCGCAAAUAUUCAAAAUCUGAGUCCCACAGAGAGAGAGAGAGAAAGAGACGCUCAUCAUUCAACAAACAUUUCCGUUGGCAUCAAAACAAAACCAAACACUUCAAUUCAUCCAUUCAGUAAUUAACACAAACAGAUACAAGACUCGAUGUCGUUCCGAUCGGAAAAUCAGAACCCAAACCCUAACCCAAACCCAAACCCUAGUCCCACUCCUCCGUCGAAGAAGCGAUGGUCGGACAUAUGGUUAAGAUCAAAACCCCUAACCGAAAUGGUGAUGGCGAUGAAGCUUCAGUCCCCCCUCGCCAUCGCCGACAGAACCCUCCUCCUCUCCGACGAGCUUCUCCUGAAAAUCCUCGCCGCGAUCUCCGAUUCCCAAACGCAGCGCAACGCCAACUCACUCGUCUGCAAGCGGUGGCUCAACCUCCAGGGCCGCCUCCUCCGCUCGCUCGCAAUCUCCGACUGGAACUUCCUCCUCUCCGGCAGACUCAUCCACCGCUUCCCAAAUCUCAACCACGUCGACCUCACCUCCGCCACCUUCGUCUCCCCUCGCAACUCCGGCAUCCUCCUCAGCAACCGCGUCCUCACCGUGCACCUCACCGCAGCCACUUCCCCCAACUGGUGCUUCUGCGAGGACGCCAUGCUCCCCGUCGAGGUCAUCGACACCGGCCUCGCCUCCCUCGCCGCCGCCUGCCCCAACCUCCGCCGCCUCCGCCUCAUCGGCGCCUCCGAGAUGGGGGUCCUCAGCGUCGCCGAGGACUGCCCCACGCUGCAGGACCUGGAGCUCCAGCGCUGCAGCGAUGCCGUCUUGCGCGGCAUCGCCGCCUGCCGGAAUCUCCAGAUCCUGAAACUCGUGGGACAUGUGGAUGGAUUCUACAAUUCGGUGGUUUCCGAUAUUGGGUUGACCAUUCUGGCUCAGGGGUGUAAGCGUCUUGUGAAAUUGGAGCUUAGUGGCUGUGAAGGGAGCUUUGAUGGGGUUAAGGCAAUUGGGAAAUGCUGCCAAAUGUUGGAGGAAUUGACUUUUUCUGAUCACAGAAUGGAUGAUGGGUGGCUCGCGGCUCUCUCAUUCUGUGAGAAUUUGAAGACUUUGAGGAUUGUGUCUUGCAAGCGAAUUGAUUCCAAUCCGGGUAUGGAGGAGUAUUUGGGUUCUUGCUCUGCGCUUGAACGCUUGCAUUUGGAGAAAUGUCUGUUGCGGGAUAAGAAGAGCGUUGCGGCUUUGUUCUCUGUGUGCAGGAAUGUUAGGGAGGUUGUUCUUCAGGAUUGCUGGGGUUUCGAUGAUGGCAUUUUCAGUCUUGCAAUAACAUGCAGGCGCGUGAAAUUGUUAUACUUAGAAGGUUGCUCAUUGAUAACAACAGAUGGUUUGGAGUCUGUGAUUCAUUCAUGGAAGGAGCUUCAACGCCUUAGAGUAGUGUCAUGUAAGAAUAUAAAGGAUAAUGAGAUAUCUCCUGCGCUCGCAACCUUGUUUACCACUCUCAAGGAGUUGAGAUGGAGCCCAGAUACCAAAUCACUUCUUCCUUCAAGUCUUGCGGGGACAACCAUGGGAAAGAAAGGUGGUAAAUUUUUCAGAAGGACACGAUAACUAAAUAUAGUAUAGUAAUUCUAGGCCAUUAUAGUAUUAUCUUAGUAUCAGUUUCUUUUUACUAACAUUAGCGAAAAUUUUACCUUAUAACGGUUAACUUAGAUGUUGACGGUGGAAGUUUGUUCUUUUCUUUGUUAGGGUUAGAGAUGUAAUAAUAAUGUAAAAGUCUAACCCAGUUCACUCAAUGCUGAAAUUGGGUAGGGCACCUUGUUCUUUCUGCAUUCUUUUUUCUACUUAAAGAAAUGCUACCGUUAUCUGUGGGCCUGUGGCACUUGAAGAUGCUUUAAACUUUUUUUAAUUCACAUGUCAAUGUCAUGCAACACUUAAAGUUGUUAAUGGCUGUAGUUUGGAUGUCUUUAUUUCUUCA